AACGGGUCGUACGUCAAGGACCUGAGCGUCGUCGACGCGGACUUGAGCCGGGUGUGCUUGGUCGACAACUCCCCGGCGAGCUACGCCAUCAACCAAGCCAACGGCAUCCCGAUCGAGGGCUGGAUCAACGACCCGCACGACGAGUGCCUGCUCGACCUGUUGCCGAUGCUCGAC